CUCUUGAGCAACGUCCGCGUCGUCGUCGUCGUCGUCGUCAAAAUGGUGUAUCAUCAACAAAUUCUCAAUGCGCACGAUUGUACUUGCCAAUGGCUUGAGCUUUCUGUGGCUGGGAGUCAAGGGUCGUCGUCCGACUGGCUAACGAUGAAUGCGCGGUACGCUCGACGAAUUGUACGACCCUUCACACUUCAAGGAACCAGGAAUUGGCUCGAACAACGCCUGCUUCCCCGAGACAAGAGCAGCACCCAUCAUCAGUCCAUGGCUUGGUAAUCUGCUAACGAAGAAAGAGGCUUGCAGUUGCGGGUUCAGACCAUAUCGUGCGUGCCCUUUUGCUUCUGGGACAUUGCGAACGGUAAUGCAUGAGUGGUCAGACUUUGGGUUCACGCUGCGUCCGGGCCAUAAUUCCUUCUGUCCAGGACGCUGUUUGGGUUCCAGUCUGUCGGGUUCGCGGUGCAGAUUGGCAAAGCGGUGUAGAUUUGGUGAUCACGUUGGCAUCUACAUACUACCUGUACAUGCUGAUCAGGACAGAGAUGCAAGUCGCAGGGCUGAUUGCUUAGGGGUGGACAGGACCUUCAUCGGUCACCAGUCCAUGGGUUUCUCCGCAAUUCAAAGCUCGAAUCAAGGGGCUUCCUGGGCUUAGCACCAGCAGUUCAUCGUAUAAACUAUGUAGCCACCCGUUCCUGCAGUGUAGCUCGAUCGAUGGACUUGUCUCGGAAAUGGACAGUAGUCGGGGAAUACCAGAUGAGAUGCAAAACACCGCGUCCGCUGCAGCACCAGAAAGACGUCGAAGAUGCUUCCAUGGACCAUCACAGAACCAAAGUCUGAGAUUCGUCCGACAAGCGGCCAGUGGUAAUUGGGCCCAGAGCAGGCCGAUGCAGAUUCUGAUUUGG